AAUGCCCGCGCUCAAGUCAACCAUACUAUCCUCCGUUCUCUAUCUCAGCAUUCCUUAUUUCCUCACAUAUACUUUUACUACUGCUCCAGCCAAAUCAAUGGCGGAAAGCAUCUGAUAAUUAGUCAACCAUUUAAUCUUAUCAGCUUCGUCGAUUUCUGGUUAAAUAUGCGGUCCAAAGACAAAAUCUCUUACUUCUAUGACGGUGAUGUUGGGAGUGUAUACUUUGGGCCAAAUCAUCCAAUGAAGCCUCACAGGCUUUGUAUGACUCAUCAUCUCGUCCUUUCUUACGACCUUCACAAUAAAAUGGAAAUCUAUAGACCUCAUAAAGCGUAUCCUGUAGAGUUGGCGCAGUUUCAUUCACCUGAUUACGUCGAGUUUUUAAAUCGGAUUACGCCUGAUAAACAACAUCUCUUCAUGUCUGAAAUGGCCAAAUAUAAUCUUGGUGAAGAUUGUCCAGUAUUUGACAAUCUGUUCGAGUUUUGCCAAAUUUAUGCCGGUGGAACAAUAGACGCUGCACAUAGGUUGAACAAUCAACUGUGUGAUAUUGCUAUAAAUUGGGCGGGUGGAUUGCAUCAUGCUAAGAAAUGUGAGGCUUCGGGAUUUUGUUACAUCAAUGAUUUGGUUUUGGGGAUUUUAGAGCUUUUGAAGCACCAUGCUCGUGUUCUUUACAUCGACAUAGAUGUCCAUCAUGGUGAUGGUGUAGAAGAGGCAUUUUACUUCACGGAUAGAGUGAUGACUGUUAGUUUUCAUAAAUUUGGAGAUCUCUUCUUUCCUGGAACAGGAGAUGUGAAGGAAAUCGGUGAGAGGGAAGGGAAGUUCUAUGCCAUAAAUGUUCCUCUCAAGGAUGGUAUUGAUGACACUAGCUUUACAAGACUUUUCAAGGCUAUUAUUUCCAAGGUUGUCGAGUUCUAUCAGCCUGGAGUGAUUGUACUUCAAUGUGGAGCUGAUUCUCUAGCUGGUGAUCGAUUAGGCUGCUUCAACCUCUCUAUAGAUGGACAUGCAGAGUGCGUUAGGUUUGUAAAGAAAUUCAAUUUGCCCUUGCUGGUUACUGGAGGAGGUGGCUACACAAAAGAAAAUGUCGCUCGGUGCUGGACUGUAGAAACUGGAGUUCUUUUAGAUACAGAUCUGCCAAAUGAGAUUCCGGAAAAUGAGUAUAUCAAAUAUUUUGGACCGGAAUAUUCCUUGAGGAUUCCCAACAGGCACAUGGAAAAUCUGAACAGUAAAUCGUACUUGACAACAAUCAAAAUGCAAGUUCUUGAAAACCUUCGGUGUAUCCAACAUGCGCCUAGUGUACAGAUGCAGGAGGUUCCCCCUGAUUUUUAUAUACCCGACUUUGAUGAAGAUGAGAACCCAGAUGAACGGAUAAAUCAGCACACACGGGACAAGAUGGUCCAAAGGGAUGAUGAAUAUUACGAUGGGGACCAUGACAAUGAUCAUAACAUGGAUGAUGUAUAAGGGCCAGAUCGAAAUUCAACACCGCUUCAUUUUGUAGUAACUGGUAGUAAUUUAUUAUCGUGAAUGUAUAUAAUUUGUUUUUAAUUUUUACUUCCAUGGAUAAGACAGUUCAAUAGCAUUCAAGUUUGAUAUAUGCGAUUUCAAAAAAAAAAAAGUUGCUAUAUUAGUGUCAUGCCAUUCUUUUUGGACAGACCGUAGUUGACAAAUUUGAUUGCCAUAGUAAGCAGUAGCAUUUUGUUGGUGGAUGGAUAGCUUAUGGCUGUAAUGGUGUUAACCCUUUUGUUUAUCAACAUUUAUUCCUCCUCUCGAGAGCCAUACCUAAUGAAAUGAAACUGUCAAAUUAGAAUCUUGCAUUGUCA